AUGCAGGUGGACGUGUCACUGAAGAUGGAGCUGCCAGGGUGGGUCGUGCUCGUCCUCUGCUUCAGCCUCGGCCUGUUGUUCUUUGUCACGUCGCGCCAGGACGCCGUCUUCCUCGAUGACACUCUGCCCGACACCACCGACAACGACGACAUCAACAUCGACAACGACAACUCUCAUCAUCACCAUCAGCAGCAGCCCAGCAAACACCACCGCCACAGCUUUCGGGGCACGUUUUCCCAGCCCGAAUUGCUGUGGGCGCCCACGUACAAGGUGGCGUCGGACCACUACCAGAUCGCGUCCGACGAAGGUCCCAGCCAUUGCGCCGGCAAGAAGUACACAUGGGAGGCCUGCCCCGGCCCUAGCCCCAGCCACAUCAACGCCUCGCUACAACACGGCAUAUUCGAGCUGCACUGCCCAGCCGGCGUGGUGGGCCUCUACUCAUUCGACAUCCACGGCAAUGGCACACAGUGGAACGAAUACCCUGGGCACCCAGUGGUGACCGAGGCGACGGCGGUGAUCGCGCGCUGCACCACGCGCGACUGCGAGAAGUUUCUGGACUCGCAGCACAUGUGCCCGAAGGACGAUGUGUUCCUCACGCAGGUGCUGCUACGGCCCGACGUGUCCGCCCGGCGGGUCGACGUCAACCUGCCGCUCAACGUGCUCGUCCUCUUCACCGACUCGGCGCCCCGGGCGGACUACGUCGCCAGCCUCCUCCAGACCGAGAAGGUGCUGCGCGAGCUCGAGGAGACUGACCAUCACACCACCUUCAGCUUCCCCUUCUACAACGCCAUCGGGCAGGGCACGAAGAGGUGGUUCUACUCGGCGAUGGGUCGCAACAGUACGGCGAACCCGAGCGUGUUCUCGCCCACGCCAGAGGGCAAGGAUGGGAUUCCCUGGGUGUGGGAGCAGUUCAGGGGCCACGGCUACGCCACGGGCAUCUCCAUGGAGGGCUGCUGGUGCGGCGAGACCGAGGACUUCUUCCGCUCCUACCCCUACGGCGGACCCAGCGAGGAGUGGGGAACGAAUUGGAACUACUACGAGGAGCUGGGCGACUACCAGCUGAUGAACGUGUUCUGCGCGGUGGACGUGAAGGACGGGUCCUACCGGCGCGACAACACGCAGUACGACGUCGAACUGGACGAGGCCCCGAUCUGCCUGGGCGGCGACUACCAGUCCAACAAGUUCUACGAGUGGGGCUUCCAGUUCAUCGACGCCCAGGAGCGGAUGAACAGGGACGGGCACCGCGACGCGCUGCAGCGCGAGGGUCAGCGCGUGCAGCCCUGGUACCUGUACCACCAGACCAUGUAUGCCCACGGCCCAAGCCCCUGCGCCGGCAUGCAAUUCACCGACAUGCAGAUGGCCAAGUACUUAGGGCGUCUGCACAAGCACGGCUACAUGAACAACACCAUGUUAGUGCUGGUGUCGGACCACGGCAAUGGCUAUUUCUACGACAAUCCCUUCCUGGCCCUCACGGUGCCGAACUGGGUGCUCAAUGCCCGGCCGGAGAUCGGUCGCAACCUGGAGAACAACCAGCACCAGCUCAUCUCCGGCUACGACAUCUACAUGACCCUCACGCACCUGCUCAACUACCCCAGCGAAUACCACCACCCGCGGUUCGACGACUACGCCAAGCGCCACAACGGCCAGUCCCCGCCCGGCCGCAGCCUCCUCUCCACCAUCAACCAGCACCGCUCCUGCGACGACGUUGGCGUCCCAAGCACGUCAUGCUGUGUCGGUCAAUUCAAGCUCGAGAAGCUGGACGCCGAGGACAAGGCGGUGGUGCACAUGGCCAGGCAGGCGCUCGAGUUCGUCAACAACGAGACGGAGCCGUUCCGUAGCGCGUGCCACGUGUGGACGUUCGCGCGGGUGCUGGAGGCCAAGCGCCUGGGAGACACCGAGGUGGUGAUCUACCAGACGCGCGAGAACCAGGGGCGUUUCAAGGCCUCGUUCGCCGGCGGGCGCAUGGCCAGCGUCAAGCAGCUCUCCAUCUGGAACCCCAACAAGAAGUGCAUGCCCAACGGCGUGCGCAUGGAGUACUGCCAGUGUCUGCCCGUCAACAUCAGUGACUAG